CAAACAAUUACGAUUGUUACCGAACACUGUCAAGUGAGUUUAUUUCAUCAAAACGAUCGGUCGGAACCAUAGAGUGAAUUCCAUUUAGUGCGUUGGUUGAAAAAACUAUGAGGAUCCAAUGUAUGGUUUUUUAAAAAAUAAAACAAGAGAACAGUUUCAUUUUAAAUAUUUUAAUUUCUCUAUCUGAAUCUGAUCGGAAGUGGAUUCUCAUCGUUUUUAUCCAUUCUAGUGAGCUUAAUUUUAGUAUUACUAACUGAACAGAGAGUCGUUUUAGUAACAAUGUGUUUUUGUUCUCUCGUAAGUAAGUUAUAUUGGUUGUCAGGUUUUGAAGAUUCAUCUUUAGAGGAUGUUGCUUGGAGGGCAAGUGUCCUUCGAACCAUACAAAUUUUGAAAUAGUUCCGAUAUUUCUGUGUAUUUUUGGAUCAGAUCUUACUGUCAUCUGGAGCAAUCGUUCGAUUUCUUUAGGUAGUAAUCUGUUCUGAUUGUUCUGGAUGGAAUCGACUUUUCGACUUUGCAAACUCUUCGAGUAACUCAUUUAUCAGUAUAGAACUGAGCCUUGAUCUUCUUCUGGAAUGGGUUGGGUAGCGAGAUCUAGAUAGCACGCUCGAUUAUUCCAAGCGGAGCAGAAAAAGAUCCGAGGUUUGUCUCGUACAAAAGCGCCUGGUGUUGCAUCGAGGGCAGACCUAUCUUGCCUUAUUGGUUCAUCCAGUGGCUCCGGUUGGACCGCGUGCAGUCCGGUGCAGUCAUCGUCGCAUGACGCACACGCGAUGCGUGUUAUGCAAUCCACGUGUGUUUGUUGUAUGCUCGAUUUCCAAGCGGUAGUAGCACGUCGUCGGUUCGUCUUUCCUCCCACGUGCUCCGCGUGAUUCCCUUUUCGGGCAGGGCUUUUGAUCUGCGUUCAUCCUUCUUCUUGCACCCAUGAUCAACCGGGCUCGGAUUUCGCAACGCGAUAGGAAAGCUCAAGGCCAGAUGGAUCAUCUCUGGGAAACGCACGGCCGUCGAUUAAGCGAGGCUGGCCUGCGCAGAGGAUCAGAUAACAGCGUGGUCUUGACGGAGGACACGGACAGCUUCAUAAUAGGAGACCGGGUAUGGGUUGGUGGCACGAAACCUGGCUCGAUUGCGUAUAUUGGGGAGACUCAAUUCGCCCCGGGAGACUGGGCCGGUGUAGUUCUGGACGAACCCAUCGGCAAGAACGAUGGAUCUGUCGCCGGUUGCCGAUACUUCCAAUGCGAACCUAAGCGCGGCAUUUUCUCCCGGUUGACCAGACUGACCCGGACACCGUUGACUGACAUCUCGGAAAUCUCGCCAACCCAGAAGACACCUACGUCGCCGGCUGACAGCGCGAAAGGCACUCUUAGCAAGUCCAUGUCCCCAUCAUUAAACGCAUCAAUGACGAGUUUGUCGUCGACGAUAUCGCAGAGAGGAGAUAUCAGGAUAGGCGACAGGGUAAUCGUGUCGUCCAGCCAGGGUAGCAAAACCGGUGUCCUGAGGUACAUGGGCACCACGGAGUUUGCAGCCGGCGAAUGGUGCGGCGUGGAACUCGACGACCCGGUCGGAAAGAACGAUGGUUCCGUCGGUGAUAAGAGGUACUUCGAGUGUAGACCUAAAUAUGGACUGUUCGCACCCGCGCACAAGGUCAGCCGGUCGCCGUUAAGUAAAAGGUCAUCUUGCAUAGUGCACAAGCCAACGGGUGCAGCUCUGAACACAUCUCUGAGGAAGAUCGGUUCCAGAGAAUCGUUGGUCUCGGUGUCGAGCUUUACGAGCACCGCGAGUACGGCCACCAGGGCUGGUGUCGGUGCUGCGAGGAGGCCUGGUUUUCGCACGUCGACACCUGCACGAAUCACCCUGCAGGAAACGUUAAAGGAGAAACAACAAGAAAUCGAAAUACUCCGAAAAGAAAGAGAUUUGGAACGUGAACGAGUGACGAAAGCGGCGAGUCAAGCGGAUCAAGCGGAACAAUCGAUUAUUUCGAUAGUAAAAGAAUAUGAGGAGUAUCGAGAGAAAAUGCAGAAGACAGUCUCCAAUGCGGAGACUGCCUUCUCAAAGUUGCUCGAAGAGAAAAAUGCGCUCGCUUUACAAUUGGAGGAGGAGAAAAGGAAAUGCGAGGAUCUAUUGUUCCGUUUUGAAGAAGAGUCAGUUAAUAAAGACGAUAUACAGAAAGAGAAAAGUGAGCAAUGUGUGAUAAAUACUGUAAAUGAAAAUAGGAUCAAAGACCUCGAGAAACAAUUACUGGAAGAACGUGAGCGCCUUACUCAAUUCGAACAGGACAGCAUAAAGUUGUUCGAAACGGAAGAGGAAUUAACGCGUUUACGCAAUGAAUUGUCCAGUGUCACUGCUCAUGAGAAUCAUCAGCUUGAAGACUUGCAGAACCGCAAUAAAGUGUUGGAUGAAGUUAAAAGCAAUCUCGAGAAAGAGAUGCAAGAAAAGACAAUGCUGAUAGAACGGUACGUAGCUCAGAUAAAAGAGUUGGAGUCAAAAGUGGAUGCGAAUCAGCAAGAAACUGCGGUUCAUAAAGAAUCGGAAACCAGUUUGAGAGCGGAAUUGGAACAAGCGAAACGAGAUUUGGAACAAAAGAAUAUGUUGAUAAAAGGCAUUAAGGAGGAGUUCGAAAUUAAUACGAAUACGCUGAAAGAAGAACUGCGACGAGCUUUAGAAAAUGUGAAGAAUGAAGCUGGAACUGAGAAGGAAUCGUUAAUAUCCAAAUAUGAAAAAAUAAUUGAAGAGAAGGAGAAUUUACUAAAAGCGAAAGCACAAGAAUUGGAAUUAGAGUCCAAAAAACAAUUAGAAAUGCAGAAUGUUGCUUUGGAGGAUCUUAAGACUGAGAACAUGAAACAAAUUAGCAAACUGUCGGAAUCGUUCAAUGAGCAGAUCAAUAUAAAAGAUUUGAAGAUCAAAGAAGUCACUAUGCAAUUGGACCAAAAGAUAUGCGAAGCUGAAAAACUAAUGACCGAAUUAACUGCACAAAUUGAUAUUAGUAAGAAGAAAGAUGAAGAAUUGACCGCUGCCUUAAAGAAACUCGAAGAACUUAAUGAAAAACUGAAAGUGAUGGAAGAGAAGAAUAUUCUGCUCUCCAAGCAAAUACAAGAGUAUGAAUCGAAAGCCGAAGAUAGUUUCAAGAUCGUUCAGGAGAAACAAAAAUUGGAACAAGAUAUCGCUUCUUUACGAGCUACGGAAGCCGACUCUUCCGCGCAAGUGAAAAAACUGAGCGAAAAGUUGAAAGUAAAAGAAAAGGAAUUGUCGGAACUUCGUUCAUCAACUGCAGCCGAAAUAGAGGAAUUGACUAAACGCUAUCAAGGCCAGAUAGAGGAGAAAGCAAAGCGCAUAGAAGAGGCGAAUGCGAACAUAUCUGAAAAAUCUUUAUUGCUCAAUGAAUUAGAGAAUAACAUACUCGAAUUGAAAUCGAUUCUUGCUAAUAAAGACGAGGAGAUAAAAAAUCUUACACAAAAGACUUCAGAAUUACAAACCGCACUUACUUUGUCAGAAGAAACGAAAACCAAUUUGGAUCAUAAAUGUCGAGCGCUCGAAACUAAUAUAGAAAAACUAAAUGAACAAGUUGCAGGUGUGGAAAAUAAAUUAUCGCAAGUCACUGCUCAAAAAGAAAAAUUGGAAGCCGAUAUUGCCAAUGUAAUAAGCAGUUCCGCUGAUUCGUCAGAACAGCUUAUAAAAUAUAACGAAGAGUUGCGUGCAAAAGAAAAAGAACUCGAUGAAUUUAAAGAUAAAGCGUUCAAGAAUGAAAAUAUGUUGAAAUCGUUAGAAUCAAAAUUGAAUAACGUAGAAAUAGAGUUGUCGAAAGCUAAUGCAGUAAUUCAAGAACAACGUUCCGAAUUAGAAAAUGAUAAAUCCACAUUAGAGACAGAGAAAAAAUUGAACUUGAAGUUGUCUGAUACGAUAAAAAGAUUCGAGAUGGAAAAUGUGGAACUUAGUACGCGAAUAAAAGAAACUGAAUGUGUUAAAGAAGAAAUAAAGGAAAAAUCUCAAGAAGCAUUGAAUCUUUCGAAUGAAUUAAAAGCCACAAAGAACAAAAUCAUUGAUUUACAAAAGCAGUGUGAAAAUUUACAGAAUUCGCAUAAAGAAGAACUAUCUUCUCUCCAGCAAGAAAUUAACAAUUUAAAGAGCGAAUUAGCUGCUUCUCAGGAAGAAACGAAUAAUUUACAAAAGGUAAAAUCCAAGUUGGAAGCGAAUCAAAGUGCGAAUCGAUGGUCGAUCGAAGAAUUGACGGAUAAGCUUAAAAUUGAAGAGGAGAGUCGUUCGAAAUUGGAAUUGUUGGUGGCUGAAAAAGAGUCCAGUUUACAGGAGUUACAAAAGAAGCAUGAAGAAUUGAUGCAGGCAAAGGAAGCUUUGUUUGUUAGUAAGGAAGCUGGUGACAAAAAUUUGGCAAUGUCGUUAGAUGCUAUGUCUAAUGAGGUAAAGGAAUUGAAGGAAAAGUUAGCUGCUUCGACGGCGACUAUAGAAGUAAAAGAUGGUGUCAUCGUGCAAAUGAAAAAAGACGUGGAAGAAACUACAGCACAAAUUUCAAAACUCAAUGAAACUGUUGCGUCUAUGCAGAAAGAACAAACGGAUAAAGUAAACGAGAUGAAGAAGGUACAAGAAACAUUAUCGGAGAAGGAGAAAGAAUUAUUCAAUAUUGUAGAAACAAAGAACUCUUUAGAGAAUAAUGUGAAAACUUUAGAAUUGAAGUUGGAAGAAAGCACAAAGAUGUUAGAGUUACAGUUAAAGACUCUACAAAACGAAUUGGAUAUGAAGAAUAAUAUGCUCCAAGAGAAGGAGCACAUGAUGAAGGAAUUGCAAAGUUCCAAAGAAGAAUCUGUGAUGAAAUUACAAAGCACUUUAGAGUGCGAGGUAAAGGCUAAACAGAUUGAGCUUGAAGCUGCGAUACAGAAGAGUUCCGAGUUACAAAAACAACAGCUAAUGUUCCAGGAUACGAUAGAGAAACAGAUUAAUGAUUUAAAUAACAAGGAAGCGGCGAUUGGUAAAUUAGCAGCACAAGUUAAAGCCUUCGAAGAUGCACAAACGGAAAAAUCAAGGACGGACGAACAAACACGAAACGAAGAGAUAAAACUCAUCCAAAGUAAACUGAAUGAAGCGAUCAAAGAAAACAAGAAUUUGAUCGAUAGCAAAGAAUCUCUUGCAAGGGUGCUUAAAGAACAGGAACAGAAGAUCGAGGUACUGACGAAUACCAUGAAAAAUAAAGAAAAGGAAGCGGAAAAGAAUGUUCAAAACUUGAUGGAGAAAUUGAACCUGAUGUCUUCCGAAUCCGCACAAUUGAAAGAAGCACAAAGCAAUUUGGAAAAGGAGAAUAAACAAAUUACUGCUAAGUGGACAGAAGCAACGAAUCAGUUAAAACUGUCUCGCGAAAACAUAAAAAAUAAUUACGAUGCAGCUGGGGGUGAUAUGAAACAAAACAUGGUCGAUCAGGAUAUCGAUACUCUGAAAUUAAAAGAAGAAUAUGAAACAGCUAAGGGUCAAAUAGAUUUCUUAAAUAGCGUGAUAGUGGAUAUGCAGCGUAAGAAUGAAACUUUACUGUGUAAAGUCGAAGUUCUUGAAAUGGGGAUCCCUGCAAACGAAGCCGACGAUUAUACCCCAGCUACAUUAGAAAAACGAAUUGCUGAACCACGUAUGUUCUGUGAUAUUUGCGAUCGGUUUGAUUUGCACGAAACGGAAGAUUGUCCACGUCAAGCUCAAGACUUUCUCGAAACGGAGAAAGUCGCGAAAUCCCCGAAAAAGCCUUCGUUGGAGAGGCCGUACUGCGAGAAUUGUGAAAUGUUCGGGCACGAUACUCGUGAUUGCGAUGAUGCUGAAACAUUUUAAUGGCGUGUAUAUCAUUUGUAGACCCGUUUCACCAUUUCUCAAUGAUAGUAUAGAUAUGAAAGAAGAGAUCUGUUGAAACUUUUUGCAGAGUAUAUUUUUAUAUGAGAGAGAAUUUAAUGCUACCGUUGUAUGCAUGUCUUCCUGCAUAAGAAUACGACGUCUCCAUCCGAAAACUAUUGUCGUGCUCCUCGUACUUGAAUCUUAUGGUUUUAAAAGUCCAUAUGCAAUAUUUGUUAAAAUAUGUUUUCAUGUGUACGUUCGUUGCGCUUCCACGUGAUCGUUAAAGUACAAAGCUUUAUACUAGUUCUAUUAACAAGUUACAGUCGCGACUAAUUUUGUUUUACGUACAUAUCGUUGAAAUGUACUAUAGAACAGGAGCAGUUUAUUCGCAUAAUGGGCAGCAAAAUUAAGCGCAUACGAUAAGAGACUUGAUUAACGAAGUCUAGUGUAAUUAUGUACAUAAUAAUUAUUUAUGCUAAUCUUGGACACCUAACUAAUUGAAUUUUGGCCCAAUAUAAAUAAAGACAGCCACGCAUCUCUCUUAGUAGUGUGCACCGAGCGAAGGUUGGACCAAAAUCCAAUGAGUAAGGUGUAAAUGUAUUUAAUAAUUUAUUUAGCGUUCAGAAAACGUCUCACACUUCAAAUAUAGUUCCUUCAAUCGGCGAACUCAAUCGAUCGACCCACUAGGUUUAAAAUUUAAGACAUUUCUUACGUAAUUUCUGAGUAUGCCGAGUUAACUGAUAUUACAUUUUCCUGGUAAGUGCUUGGAUGUCGGUAUAAUGUAAGGAAGGAGGUAUUUCUUUUUAAUUACCAUCGUCUUGCCUUUUAAAUCUAAGCUUUAAUACAGGGUUGAUACAUUCUUUGAAGUAAUCUUCUCUCAAAAUAUAUAUCUGGUUAAACUAGAAUCAAGCUUUGUAGUUAAGUGAAAUAAAAUUGUAAGAGACUGAUCUUAGUAUUUUACAUAAACUUAUUAAAACUGAA